CUUGUAAAUGAUCAGGUCAACAAAUUAGACUUAACCACACACCAAACACUGUCACCGAAAACAACCUUGUUUCAAUUUCAACUGAAUGCUAGCUAGCUGCAUCACAUCCGGCCGUGAUUGGGAGUCCCAUAGGGCAGCGCACAAAACCAGAGCAGGACUAGACCCCUUAGCUCCACCCCAUUGCCUUGGUAACCAACAACCAUGUCGUACCUCACUCCCAACUUCACCAUGCAGCAAAAGCUCUACAUCCUGCAGAGGAUUCAAAGUAUGGUUCGCACAGUCCAGGACUACAGGAAGGACACCAACGCCACGGUGCACUGCAAUGCCAUGUGGGGUGAGGUGGUGAACGUCUUCAAUGCUGCCUUCCCUGACCGGCCACCCAGCUCGGUGGGUACCAUGAAGACACUGUGGAAGAGACUGAAGGUGGAGAGUCGCCAGGUGCUGCACCGGUGCCAGAAGCAGGUGGUCACUGGCCUGCCUGUCACGGCCCUGACCGAGGUUCAGCAAGAGAUCACGGCCAUGGUGCCCAACCUCAUCUCCAACCAGGAUGACAUGGACAGAGAGGAGGGCUACACCGGCCUCUGGCCUGGCUCCCCCACUGCAGGUGAUACCACACUGCUCAAAUCCUAUUUAUUUAUAAAGCCCUUCGUACAUCAGCUGAUAUCUCAAAGUGCUGUACAGAAACCCAGCCUAAAACCCCAAACAGCAAGCAAUGCAGGUGUAGAAGCACUACUCUGUGCUGACACUCUGCUAAGAUGAGCUCAUCACAUUGAGUUAAUAAUAUUUGUUUUCCUCAGACGGUAUAAUGAUGUGGUAUCAUCUGCUCACACACAGUCAGUCCAA